AUGGACGGCCCCGCACUAUGCCGGAAUAACAUGAGAAGUAUAGACGAUGCGGCGAGUGGAGAUGAGGCGAGUGAAGAUGAGGCGAGUGAAGAUGAGGCGAGUGAAGAUGAGGCGAGUGAAGAUGAGGCGAGUGAAGAUGAGGCGAGUGAAGAUGAGGCGAGUGAAGAUGAGGCGAGUGAAGAUGAGGCGAGUGAAGAUGAGGCGAGUGAAGAUGAGGCGAGUUCGAGUGAGGGUACAAAAAUAAGGAAUAUGAUGGGCGACGAACCGGUAUGCGUCGGUGAAGAAAGGCGGAGGAUUGGGCGGGAACCUCACGAUCCAGGGAGACCGGAUGUGGAUAGCCAUCAGAAGGCGGAAAUGGCCUUUGGCUUUCUCAGCCUCUCCGAUAAGUCGGAGGAGAUGGAUGUCGCCUUCGACGUCUUCAGAGGAAGCGACGGCAAGGGGACCAUGUUGCGAGCCUUCGGAAGGCGCGAAUAG